GGAGCACGCCACCACAUCACCGGCCCACACAACCCCAGUCUCGUGCAGCACGCUCCUCUGCUCCUGCGCCUGCUCAUCCGUUUCAAGCGAAUCCGAGCGCAAAACCCACCCAGCCAUGGCGGAGGCGGCGCCCACCACCAACGGCGGCGGCGGCGGCAUCGGGACCAUCCUCGCCGCUGGCGACCGGGACUUCCUCGUCCGCAACUCCGGCGAGCAGGUGAAGAUCAGCAGCAUUGAGGCGAGCCCUGUGGCCCUCUACUUCUCAGCCUCGUGGUGCCCGCCAUGCAGGCGGUUCACUCCCAAGCUUAUCGAAGCAUACAAAGAACUGGCUUCUCAGGGCAAGAGCUUCGAGGUCGUCUUUGUUUCAGGUGAUCAGGAUGAGGAAGCAUUCAAUGAGUACUUUGCAAAGAUGCCAUGGUUGGCGGUCCCUUUCUCUGACUCUGAAGGCCGUGAGGCCCUUGAUGGCCGGUUUAAGGUCUCUGGUAUCCCACACCUUGUCAUUCUUGAUGCAAAAACUGGUGAAGUUUACACUGAGGAUGGUGUUGGAUUAGUGAGCGAGUAUGGUGUAGAGGCUUACCCUUUCACACCAGAGAGGAUCAAUGAACUGAAGGAGCAGGAAAAAGCAGCAAAGGAGAAUCAAACCAUUAAAAGCGUGCUUGGCACAUCCACUCGGGACUAUCUAAUUACAAGCAAGGGAGACAAGGUACCCAUCUCUGAGCUCGAGGGGAAGUAUGUUGGUCUGUGCUUUGUGGUGCCUGGCUAUGGUCCAGUAGAUGAAUUCAUUUCUGUGCUUGCCAAGAUCUAUGAGAAACUCAAAGAAGUGGGUGAGAAAUUUGAAGUUGUAGCUGUGUCCUUGGACAGCGAUGAGUCAUCGUUCAAUGAGAGUCUUGCAAAGAUGCCUUGGCUUGCCAUUCCUCAAGGUGACAAGAUGUGUGAGAAGCUGGUUCGUUACUUUGAGCUUAGGACUCUUCCUACACUUGUUCUUAUUGGUACCGAUGGGAAGACACUGAACACCAAUGUUGCGGACAUAAUUGAAGAGCAUGGUUUUGAGGCAUGGGAGGGCUUCCCCUUUAGUGCUGAGAAGCUGGAAACUCUUGCUGAGAAGGCAAAGGCUAAAGCAGCAUCACAGACCUUGGAGUCCCUUCUAAUCAGUGGUGAUUUGGACUUUGUCAUUGGAAAAGGUGGAGCAAAGGUUCCUGUAUCAGAACUUGUCGGGAAGACUGUCCUCCUUUACUUCUCAGCCAAAUGGUGUGGACCAUGUCGUGCCUUCCUGCCUAUGCUUGUCAAGGAAUACAACAAGAUCAAGGAGAAGCACAGUGAUUUUGAGAUCGUCUUCAUCUCUAGUGACAGUGACCAGAGCUCCUUCGAUGAAUUUUUCACUGAAAUGCCAUGGCUUGCUCUUCCCUUGGAAGAUGAACGCAAGGCGUUCCUGGAGAAGACCUUCAGAAUCCGUGGGAUCCCUUCACUUGUCGCCAUUGGUCCUAAUGGGCAGACUGUCAGUAGGGAUGCAAAGGCCCAGCUGAUGAUCCACGGUGCUGAGGCUUUCCCCUUCACCGAGGAGAGACUUGAGGAGCUGCAGAAGGAGCUGGAUGAGAUGGCAAAGGGGUGGCCUGAGAAGCUGAAGCAUGAGCUGCAUGAAGAGCAUGAGCUUGUCCUGGAGCGCCGUGGCACUUUCUGCUGUGACGGGUGCGAGGAGAUGGGCAAUACAUGGUCCUACAGUUGCAACAAGUGCGACUUUGAUCUGCACCCCAAGUGCGCGCUGGCAGAGGAGGAAAAGAAGGGCGAGGAGGACGGGAAGGCCGCUGAGGAAACCCCGGCUGGGUAUGUGUGCGAGGGAGGUGUGUGCAGGAAGGCCUAGAGCUUUUUUUUUUUCUGAUGAAAAAAAAAAGUUCUAGGAAGGCCUAGAGCUGUUCUCCUGGGUUGCGUUUGCCAGUUGCAGUGCUGUCUGAAAUGGUGUGUGGUGUGGUAAUAAAUAAUCAUCAGAUCAGUUGGUUUGCUUGGAGUUGAGGUGUUUGGUCUGUCGAUGUCUGUAUUAAUCGAUCGUAGUUGCACCCUGAACUUUUAGGAGUAUAUGUGAGUACCUUUUCAGAUCAAAUAAAUGGUUUUAGCCUCACUUGUUAUUUC